GAGAUCUCUCAGCUCCCAGGCUGUGUGUAGGAGAAGCGCUGGGAGCUCGGGACUGUCUCUUGUCGCGCUGGUGCUCCGCCUGGGCUGCGAUGCUGUACGGGACCCUGAUCUGCUCCGCGCACCCCUCCGCACCUUGUGCCCUCCAGCCCUAGGGAGCCAAUCACACCGCGGAGCCCCUGCAUCUCGCCCCGGACAGGGAUAUGACGGGUACCGGAGGAUGGAGCGGACACCGGGCACUGGUGCUGGGCAGGAGGAGGAGGAGACGGGACCGGAUCGUGCUGGAGGCGGCUUUCAUCUGCGCCCUAUUCUUCUCCGCCUGGUGCCUGGCCGGACUCCUACAGGGGGCAGGGCGAGGACUCUCGGAGAGAGACCCGACUUCUACACAGGGUGAUCUCACAUGGCGGAAUCGCAGGCUGAUGGCGUCAGGCAACAGAUCCCAGGAGAAGAACUGCACUGAUCCAGCAAUUAUUGAGUUUCCAGACGAUCUGUUCAACAUUAAGGAGCGGCAGCAAGGCGCCGUACUGCUUCACAUCUUCUGCGCGCUGUACAUGUUCUACGCUUUGGCGAUUGUGUGCGAUGACUUCUUCGUCCCGUCUCUGGAGAAGAUCUGCGAGAGGCUGCACCUGAGCGAGGACGUGGCUGGGGCAACGUUCAUGGCAGCGGGGAGCUCGACUCCGGAAUUAUUUGCCUCCGUUAUUGGAGUGUUUAUCACCCACGGUGAUGUAGGUGUUGGGACCAUUGUUGGUUCGGCUGUCUUCAAUAUUCUCUGUAUAAUUGGAGUGUGUGGCGUUUUUGCUGGACAGGUUGUCCUAUUGACGUGGUGGUCUUUAUUCCGUGACUCCAUGUACUACAUCCUAGCAAUAAUCGCACUAAUUAUUUUUAUUUAUGAUGAAGUUAUUGUCUGGUGGGAGAGUCUUAUCCUCAUAAUAAUGUAUCUCAUCUACAUUCUUAUAAUGAAAUACAACAUGAAGAUGCAGAAACUGUUCACCAUCAAGCGGAAAAACCUGGGGAACGGCACGGUCGGCAACGAGCUGCAGGAUGUGAAGACCGACCAGCGUUUUUACAGCCAAAAUUCAGUAGUGAUGGUGGAUGAGAUCAUCUGUUCCAGCCCUCCCAAAUAUCGCUUUCCUGAAGCCGGGUUACGGAUCAUGAUCACCAACAAAUUCCCACCGCGGACGCGGCUACGCAUGGCAAGCCGCUUGAUCAUUAAUGAGAGGCAGCGACUCCUCCACUCUGCUAAUGGUAUGAGUUCCGUGACGUUGGAUGGCAAGCAGGAACUCCUGGAGAAUGGUCUUCUACAUGGAGACAAGGAUGAAUAUCAAGAGGACACCGACACCACAAACUACCUGGUGCCCUUCUCAGUGCCCAGUGGCUGUGUGAACAAGUUCAAGUGGGCGUUUUCCUGGCCAUUAAUCUGCAUCUUGUACUUCACCAUCCCGAACUGCAGCAGACCACGCUGGGAGAACUUCUUCAUGCUGACAUUCAUUCUUUCCACAGUAUGGAUUGCCAUCUUCUCUUACCUUAUGGUCUGGAUGGUGACGGUUAUCGGGUACACCUUGGGCAUACCGGAUGUCAUCAUGGGUAUCACUUUCCUGGCGGCGGGCACUAGUGUCCCAGACUGUAUGGCCAGUCUGAUCGUGGCCAGACAAGGUCUUGGAGAUAUGGCUGUGUCCAAUACAAUAGGAAGCAACGUCUUUGACAUUCUGGUUGGACUUGGGGUGCCUUGGGGUCUGCAGACCAUGGUGAUUAACUACGGAUCCACUGUGAAGAUAAACAGCAAAGGGCUUGUCUACUCAGUAAUACUCUUGCUGGGAUCUGUGGCCCUUACGGUGAUCGGCGUGCAUGUCAACAACUGGAAACUGGACAAGAGGCUGGGAUGCUACACGCUCAUCCUGUACGUCAUCUUCCUGUGUUUCUCCGUGCUCAUCGAAUACAACGUCUUCACCUUCGUCAACUUGCCAAUGUGUCAGGACGACUUUUGACCGGUGCUCCCCGUAGCUCGUAGACCCAGAUAAAAAACCUUCGUUGUCCACUAGCGAGGCGAACCGUUCCUGAGACUCUGAGGGAAAAAACCGACACCGUUCCUGAUCCGCUGCACGAGCCUGGCGAGCCUCACUUCUUAUCCGAAUGUAAAAGGAUGCUUUAAAUCUUACUUUGCCGUGUGAACCCAGCGCCGGGGUCAUAGGCGACCUGAAAACAAAAAAAACGUACGGUCGAGGUUUAGCGUCUUCCGGAGAGGUGUCGAGUGAUGCUGCUUUAUUUUGUAUAGUGUAAAACUUUCAUACAGGUAUUCCAAAAUAUACAGAAACGUCUUUACCGAAACUUCCAAAUUAUUCUAUAUGGCCACUUGAAGGAUGCCGACAAAAAGAGGUUUCAUUUUGCCGUACCAUAAUGUACAGAAAAAAACAAAA